AUGGAUUUUGCGCAUAUAGUAACAUUACCAAUGGAAAAUUUUAAAAUGGAUGGAAGCAUUUUCAAUAUCCGCGAUGAAGCUAUAAGACAUUUAAAUGGAAGCAUAACUAUUGAGCGACAAAUGACCAUUGAAAAUUUCGGCUCUCGAAUAGUGGCUUCUAUGCAUCUUAAAAUUCCUGAAGAUUUAAAAGGCAACUCACUGGAUACUCGAAAGCUUAGUGCUAACCAUAUUCAAAUAACUAUCCUGUAUCUAAAAGCAAUGAUAGCUGCUCCUUUCGUAACAUCAACUUUUGGCAAUUCCAGCGAACAGUUCAGUUCCCUUUCAAUUGGUCUUGGUAUUGGAAUUAUCAAUAGCUUUCUGCAUGAUAGAUUUACAAAUAUUAAUAUAACGAUUAUUGAAAUAGAAAAAACAAUGGUUGAUAUAGCAAAGAAAUACUUCGGUUUAAUUGAAGAUGAUCGACAGCGAGUGAUUAUCAGCGAUGGCAUGAAAUACCUUCGUGAAAAUAAAAAACUUAUUUUCGAUGCAAUAUUCAUUGAUGCUUGUUAUAGUCAAUUUAAGGAUGGACUAUCUUGUCCUGUUAAAGAAUUUUGCGAAUACGAUAAUAUGAACCUAAUAAAGUCAAAUUUGAAGGAAAAUGGUGUGGUCAUCGUAUCAUUGCUACUUACUAGUCCCAAAAAAACUGCAGAGGUUCUCGUAUGUGGCGGAAAAAAUUUUCCGGAUGAAGAAACUUUUAAGGCGAAAACGACUAAAGUUUUCGAAGAACUCGGUUUCGGUUCACCGCCUAUUGUCACAGAAGAUUUCACUAUGUGGUAUUAA